UGAAUGAACGUCACGGUCCACGAGUGGGGACGAACACCAGAGUCGGAAAGGGUCGGAGUUCAUUGUGCCACAAGUGCCUACUAGUGUCCAAUAGUGCCCUGGAGGCACGUUUCAAAACCGCAUGAGGUUAAAAAUCCCAGUUUACCCCAAAAAAAACCGCCAGCCCACCCCUCAACAAAUCCUUCGCCUCCAAAUCUCCAAAACAUCAACCGCAUAAAACCAGUGACGUAACCAAGUGCCCCCUAAUCAUCACGACACCCAAGAAAGUGUUCCAGAGCUGGUGAUAACACCAUCGACCUCGGAAGGAAUGCAGUCGUCAUUAUAUUGAAUAUAUAAGGAAAAAAAUUCCUUCUCCAAUAAAACUGUCACAUCCAUCAGUCCAGUUGUACUCUACACAGACACGCGUGACAAGAUUCGCGCAAUCACUGUGAAAAAUACCGUCCGAUUCUCUUCCAUUUGUGCAGAAAUGUCGUCAUGAAAUUCUUCAUUGAAUGCCAAAAUAAGUAAAACCGGAAAACUCCUCCCAAUAACUCCAAAUGUCUCUCCUGUGUUCUAAAUAAAGUGAAGAGUGCUCAGUGCAAUGGCCUUUUUGGAGUUCGAUGAGAUCCUAAUGCGUCUCAAUGCCUUGUUGUAUCAAUCAAAUGAAAAUAAUUUGCAAAGAAAACGAGUCACGGUAUUUUUUAAAUGACUCUGUACUUGGAAAUUCGCUUGGAUCGCACUGAACUGAAGAUAAAGAGGGUUCCUGUGGCAAUCGUUGGCACGUAGAUGUGUUUAUUUGACUCAAGAUAGACGAUACACGAUGCAUACCAUGGUUCGUAAUACCAUCGGCCUUUGUUUCAGCUCGGAGUGUUGAACAUAUUCGAUGUCAUUUGGCUUCAGUUGCAAAUCAGAUCCUCUUCGAUGAUCGAGUUGUAAAGUCCACUGGGGACGAGGUGCAUCAAAAUUCAGUUCGAAUCGCGGGGAAUUGUGAGGAAGAAGGGAAGAGAAGUGCUAGUGGUGCAGGAUUAUUGUGCGGCUUUUAGUGGUAUUGUCUAUCGAAAAGUGCAGAUAGGGGUUUCCGGUGAGAUGGGGCUGUCCUGGACGCUUCAGCAGCGCGACCUCGUCCUCGUCCUUGUCCUGGUAAUGACGGUGGCUGGCGAGCCAUUGACCGGAGCCGUAUGCCAUCGCGUUGAAAACUAUACAACGACCAUGAGGGAGUCUUACCAAGAGCCGGUGCAGGUCCAGACGUCCGGUUGGUGUCUUUCAAUACCACCAAGGUGCUGGAGAACCCGCACCGAAUGGAGAACUCGAUACACAAUAAAAGAGGAGAUGAGACAGAGAAAUGUUUCGGAGUGCUGCGAUGGAUAUGCGCGGCAGAAAUUGGUGAUCAAUGGGACUGAUAUUGAAAAAUGUGUGAUCGCUUUGGAUUGCAAACCAGGGUUCAUUGGAACCCAUUGCGACGUUGAGUGUCCAGAAGGUACAUGGGGUAUUUUAUGCAUGCAUGUGUGUAAAUGCGAGGAGGGCAAGAUCUGCAAUAGGAUCACUGGACGCUGUGAAUGCCCAGAGGGCUGGAAAGGUCCCAACUGUAAUGAGCCCUGUGAGACUGGAAAAUACGGGUUAAACUGCUCCCUAGAUUGUCCCUGUGGGCAUCUGAACGGAAACUGUCAUCAUGUGACAGGAAACUGUGUCGAUUCAGUAUCGAUCACACCAGUGAUGAGCAAUUGGACACACUCUGGACUCCAGGCAUUUACCACCGCUCCACCAUUACCCACUCCUGCAACUCCACCAUCAACGAUGAAAAACACUCGAGUUGAUGAUUUUUCUGAUUCAACAACAAUGAAACCCAAUAACAGUGCAACGAGCAACAGCCGCAACGAAAUUGCCCUGGAUUCCACGGUUGAGACAACGAUAAUUACUGAAUACCAUGAGGUGCAUUUACCAGAGACAGAGGAGUCUACAGUAAGGCCAAUUGUUGCUGUUGUACAUGUUGCUAAAGCAACUUCGAACAGAGAAAAAAUCAUUGUUGCGCCAAACAUGAGCCCAGAUCACAUAUCAGGUCAUACAGUUCCCCUAACUGUGGACGUGGCUGUUGCGGUAGUUAUCGGUUCAAUAAUAUCCCUGGGUUUAACAACACUGGCUGUACUGGCAAUACUUCACGUACGCAGAAAACUAUUCGAGACUAUUCGUCUCUCAAUUUACGAUGCCGAAAAGCCAGCUCCAACGUUAGCAGCACUACCUCGUGAAAAAGGAAGCACUAGAAUCUCAACAAUAAAUCGUAGUGGGACACUAACUCCAUGUGACUAUGAGACCCCCAGGUGUAUUGUUCCACAAGGGUCGAGGACACUUCCAAGGCCGAAUAGUAUGAUGACAAGGGAGUCAACAUAUUCAAAUCAAUAUCCAAACAUUCAACUUUUUAACAGUGUCAGAGAACUUAUGGAAGCACAUUACGAUCGUCCCCCAGCUAUCAGCACCUUUCAACGAUCCCCCAACGAUGCUGAGACUGAACAUCUCUACGAUGAGAUCCCCUUGCAGUGUAUCAAUUUUGAGGACAACAAUCAUGAUUUAUUGAAGUAGAAUGAAACCAAAAGACUCAUUGUUCGUGUCAAAUAUGUGGUCAUUGAAUUUAAUUUAGUUGGAGUAAGAAAAUAAUUUAUGGAAAAAUGUCGCCUAUUUUUGGAGUUCUAGCAUGUUUUAUUAAACUUCUACGAAUACUUUAAUUUAUGUUUAUAAUAGAAAAAGUAGAUUUUAAUUUUUCUAUGGAGCUUAUUGCCACCUCCAAUUGGGAUUUCUUAAUAAGAAUUUUUAAACAGCAAUUGUUUAAAAAUCUGGGUGUAAACUAUGUGUUGUCGAAUGAAAUUACCCACUAAUAAAGUGUCUUUUAGGUCUUCCUAAGCGUAUUUUACACUUAAAGAAUCGUACGCCAUGUUUUUACUAGAAUUGAUAUGAGUCUAUAUUUCAUGUAAUUUAAUAGUGCGUAAUAUGCGACGUAGAAGAUCUCUUGUGAUGAUAUUCACAGAUUUAAGAAAUAACUGUUAAGCUCAUCUCUCCCUGUGACGUUCAAUUCAACCCAACUAUUUUUAUACUGAAUAAGUGGUUUUUGUACGAUAACAAAUGAUGAUAAAUAAACAUUUUUUUAAAAUA